AUGGGGUAUUGCUCAGACAACUCGCCGGCGGGUAAGGACGACACCGCGCUGACGAUCGACAUCACCAGCGCUUACCGACAUUCGAGGAGGCCCCUUCAUACUGCACGUUCGUAA